AUGUUUAAGAAGGACAUCUCCCCUGGAUCGAAAUCUAAAGUCAAAUCCUCGGUGCAACGCGCGAUCCGAAACCAAAUCACAACAACAUAUCCUUUACUAGCACCCCAUAUCGACGAGAUCAUCCCGAAGAAAGAGCAGCUAGAUGCGAUGAAAAUUCCAGAUAGGGUAACCCUCUACCUCAUCGGCCCAACACCCCUAUUUUACCAGCACAUGACCGACGCCAUCCUCCCGCAUCUCAAGCUCGUCCACCGGUUCCCAACUUGCUUCCCAAGCCUCCGUAUCGACCGCGGAGCUAUCCGCUUUGUGUUGUCUGGAGCCACGCUCAUGGCUCCUGGAUUAACAUCCACGGACGGUAGAUUACCGAACGGGGAUAGUGAGGAGACGGGCGUAUAUGGCGAGACGCGAGACGAUGUCGUAGGUGACGGCCCGAGGGAGGGAGGCGGCUGGUACGGCGGAAGGGAAUUACAAGAAGGAGAGCCGGUAGUGAUAUGUGCAGAAGGAAAGGAGGAGGCGUGUGCGGUGGGCGUGUUGAGUAUGGGUACCAAGGAGGUUAAGGAGAAGGGAAAGGGUCCCGUGGUGGAGGAUGCGCAUUAUUUGGGCGACGAUGGGCCUAAUGGCAAUGGGCCAAGCCCUGAAGUUGCAGCCCGGCAGGGGAAGUUUAGGGGCCGUUGCUGCCCCACUAGAACAAGCGGCGUUGGGACACCGACCUCAGCUUCACAAGCGAGGUUUAUUUCGCUGGCUUCUUCCACUUUUUGCUUCCAUACCUAUCCCCGUAGCAACUUCAAUAAUCUCCACCCUCUUCCCCUCUCAGCCUCUCCAACAACAACAAGUUUCCGACCUCAAUACAGCCAACUCAACGCCAACAUGGCAACGACAAAGCAGCGCCUUGCGCUUUCCAUAAUCGACUUCCUGAACACCUCCCUCACCGAUGGUAGCCUUAGCGAAGAAGACCGGGACUCGAUCGAAAUAGCAACAAACUGCAUCUCAGAAUGCUACAAAGUCGACCCCACAGACGCAACGCCGAAAGACUCGCAAACCCUGCUGCAAAUCUACAGCGUGUAUGAGAAGCUGAAAAGCAAGCCCUCCGCCGCUGGUGGUGCCGCGACCGAGAAAUCGACCAGCGGGAGCAGCACAUCCACACAACCCACCGAGGCACAGAAGAAGGAAGCCGAGGCACUAAAGAGUCAAGGAAAUGCAGCAAUGGCCUCAAAGGACUACCCACAAGCCAUAGAGCUAUAUACCAAAGCCCUCGCUCUUGUCCCAGGGAACCCGAUUUUCCUCUCCAAUCGUGCCGCGGCGUACUCGGCAUCUAAGGACCAUGCGUCUGCCUGCGCGGAUGCUGAGGCGGCGCUGGCGUCCGACAUGAGCUUCACGAAGGCGUGGAGCCGUUUGGGUUUUGCGCGUUUCGCUCUGGGUGAUGCAAAGGGAAGCAUGGAGGCUUAUGCAAAGGGGAUUGAGUAUGAGGGUAACGGGGGAAGUGAUGCAAUGAAGAAGGGCUAUGAGACGGCGAAGAGGAAGGUCGAGCUUGAGGCGGCGGAUUCCGACGAGACGACUGACCGAGGGGCUGGCCCUGGAGGAAUGCCAGAUAUGGCUUCGCUCGCAAGCAUGUUCGGCGGUGGUGGGGCAGGUGGAGGAGGUGGUAUGCCUGAUCUCAGCUCGAUUAUGAGCAACCCCAUGUUCGCAUCCAUGGCUCAGAACCUCAUGAGCAAUCCGGAUAUGAUGAACAAUAUCAUGAGCAACCCGCGCUUGCGCGAGAUGGCCAACCAAUUCGGAGGUGCCGGCGGUGCUGGUGGCGCUGGCGGUGAUGCUGGUGGAACUCCAGACCUGGCCAGUUUGAUGCAAGAUCCUAGCAUCGCUGAGAUGGCGAGAAACAUGAUGGGGGGUGCCGGAGCUGGCCGUGGAGCUGGAGCUGGCCGUGGCGCAUAG